AUGAGCGAUAAAGCAAACUGGCGCCAGCCAGCUUCUAUUGCCUUCGGUCUUCUCGGAGGAGGCUCCUUGGCCUUUGGUCAUCAUUUCUAUUACAGCUCUCUUGCCGGGACACUCGUGGAAGCCGACCGAUCUGUUGCCGGACACCAAUUCUCAGACCAGCAGUUUCAUACUACCAUUGGCACAGCAUUUUCUUUCCUAGUUCAAGCAUUGCUGAUGUUUUCUAUUUCAACUGCUUAUAUACAAAUAGUUUGGCAAGCGGCUAAACACCCAAGUGAAGCCAAUAAGCUGGAGGAGAUCGAUGCAUUAUUCUCUGCCUUGGCCAAUAUCCUAGCUUUGCGGAUGGUGUCGGUUUGGAAGAAGUACCCCUUAUUGUUGAUGAUUGUGCUAUGUGGGUGGUUAUUUCCUGUUGCUUUCGUCGUUCCGCCAGCUACAUUAUUCAUAGCGGUGGCAGUCAGAAACACAUCGACUCUGCAGCAUGUUCCAAACUUUGACUUUUCAAGUCUACGCUACCUGAAGGACAUCCCACCCACAUGUGACAUAUCUAGACCCGGGGACAAUAAACUUUACAAAGUGUACACCUCCAAAGGCCCCAAUGAAGAAGUCCGGAGAAUCGCCGCUUCCACCGCAGCUAGUGGAUUAAUCCUACCCAUUUCGCCAAUUGCAACGAACUCGAGCUGGGAACUGGAUUUCUACGGCCCUUCGAUAAGAUGUCUGAAAAUAGACGAGGAGUUGAAAGUAUAUUUCGAGCAAGAUAUAGCAAACUGGCUUUGGAACGAAUCGAGCCCCAAUUGCCUAUCUCCACCAGGUUAUGUUGCCUGGCGCUUUGACAUCAUCAAAGCUCCUAUUCAUCAUAAGUUUCACUCUGAGGAGAUAACUGGACCUAACGAGAUACAUGGUCCCUUCCGCGUAGUCACUGUUGAUAAUUUGGAGAGUCUCAUGCAAGGACAGUAUUCUGGCGUAUUUAUAGCCUUAGCACCUGAACUACUUAGUUUCGAGAAUCCUUGCUACCCAACCCAUAGAUCGCCAUCUCGACCCCUGGGCAGCUUUGAUUCCACAAUUUUCCAAUGCGGGCUACACAAUGCUUCAUACCACACAAAAUUUGAGUUCCAGUCCGGAACACAGAGCAUAGCCAUGCAAGUCAACCAUCUAGAGGCUCUCGAUACUGCCAAAUACAUUGUUGGCCUAGAGGGAGAUAUAAUGGAUUGUUUUCAGCUAGCAUCACAGUUCCUUUUACCAACAGCAACGUCUAAACCGUGCGCUUUUGACUUGAGUGCGCUGCGAAUUUUGUCCUAUUCUGCUAUCAUGCGCGCUUUCCACGAAUUGAUUCAGGGGUCUAUCUCGAUGGACAGCUUUGAACGUCAAUGGGCCCAUUCGUCGGCCAUUCUGUCCACAGUUCUUUACGAAACACCAGACCUAGACUUUAUUCAUACGUAUCGCGGGGAUGCUAGAACUUUACAGUGGGAACUUCAACAUGUGAAUGAUUCGAGGGGCGGUACUCUUGAGCCGAGCAUCAACCUAUCUCUGCCAGACGCUAUCGAACAACUGUUUCAAAACAUCACCAUAAGCCUUCUGAGUUCCAAACCACUCCAGCCCAAUCUAACAUCUGAGUUUGCCCCGCCAAAGGUAAACGUCUCGAUGACAUCACACUCAGUUGAAUACAAUUACUCAGCAGGAGAGCUCGCAGUUGCUUACGGAACUGCGGCGGCGGUUGCGAUCGCAGUAAUAUCAGUUGGAUUCAUUGCUAUACGAUCAAACGGCGCCAGCUAUACAACCGAUUUUUCUAGUAUAUAUCGCGUAGCACACCAGGCUGUUUUGAGCAUUGCGAUCCGACCAGAAGACACAGAUGGCGCUUACCCAUUAGCUGAUUAUUUAGGUAAAGCCCGCCUGAGCCUGAAGGGAACGAGUCGAUUGCCUUGCCAGAUACAGAUUACGCAAACUCAGUAUAUGCUACCUAACAAGACUUCAAGUCCACUCGAUAGAAGUGGUGAAGAAGGAAUUAGCACGCUAGAAUUCGAAGGGCAGAAGUGUCAAGAUGGGUUUGCAGAGAGUGAUGGAAGCAGUAUUACAACAUUAUGGUAG